GGUUGGCCGUCUAGCUGGUAGGAGUAGUCCCGGCAGCCUGCAGCAAGGAACCGCAGCCGCAGGGUUAGACCUUCCAAGGCAGUUUAGAGCUGGGGACUGAGCUGCUGUGGUGCAGUCAGAUCAUGAGCCCGACCACGCACUGGGGAGAGUGGUUCCUGAAUCUGUGGGUGUCCCCCGCCGGGGUAUUUGGCGUAGCCUUCCUUGCCCGAGUGGCCCUGGUUUUCUAUGGGGUCUUCCAGGACCGGACCCUGCUCGUUAGGUAUACAGACAUCGACUACCAGGUCUUCACCGACGCCGCGCGUUUCGUCACGGAAGGGCGCUCCCCUUACCUGAGGGCGACCUACCGUUACACUCCGCUGCUGGGGUGGUUCCUCACUCCCAACAUCUAUCUCGAUGAACUCUUUGGAAAGUUUCUCUUCGUCAGCUUCGACCUCCUCACCGCCUUCCUCUUAUACCAGCUACUGCUUCUUAAGGGGCUGGGUCGCCGCCGGGCUUGCGGUUACUGUGUCUUUUGGCUUCUUAACCCCCUACCUAUGGCGGUGUCCAGCCGAGGCAAUGCGGACUCAAUCGUCUCCUCCCUGGUGCUUAUGACCCUGUACCUAAUAGAAAAAAGGCUCGUCGCGUGUGCCGCUGUAUUCUAUGGUUUCGCAGUGCAUUUGAAGAUGUAUCCGGUGACCUAUAUCCUUCCCAUAGCACUCCACUUGCUUCCGGAACGCGACAGAGACGAAGGCCUCCGUCAGUCCCGGUAUUCUUCCCAGGCUCGUCUGUAUGAAUUCCUGAAGAGGCUGUGUAAUCGGGCUGUGCUGCUCUUCGUAGUCGUUGCUGGACUCACGUUUUUUGCCCUGAGCUUCGGUUUUUACUACAAAUAUGGUUGGGAGUUUUUGGAGCACACCUACCUUUAUCACCUGACCAGGCGGGAUAUCCGUCACAACUUCUCUCCAUACUUCUACAUGCUGUAUUUGACCGCAGAGAGCAAGUGGAGUUUUUCCCUGGGAAUUGCUGCAUUCCUGCCACAAUUCAUCUUGCUUUCAGCAGUGUCUUUCGCUUAUUACAGAGACCUUGCCUUUUGUUGUUUUCUUCAUACGUCUAUUUUUGUGACAUUUAACAAAGUCUGCACCUCCCAGUACUUUCUUUGGUACCUCUGCCUCCUGCCUCUUGUGAUGCCACUAGUGAGAAUGACUUGGAGAAGAGCUGUGGUUCUCCUGAUGUUAUGGUUCAUAGGGCAGGCCUUAUGGCUGGCUCCUGCUUAUGUUCUUGAGUUUCAAGGAAAGAACACCUUUCUGUUUAUCUGGUUAGCUAGCUUGUUCUUUCUCCUUAUCAACUGUUCCAUCCUCAUUCAAAUCAUUUCCCAUUACAAGGAGGAACCCCUGACAGACAGAACCAAAUAUGACUGAUAGAUGCUCCAGUUCUUCUGCAACUUCCAUUCUGAUUGUUCUGAAUGGACCAAAGAGAGCUUUGGAAAGAAUUGUUUUGAACAUCCUAAGCACUCUAGUGAAACUUCAGUUUAGAGCAUAAAACCCUAUUCCAACAAAUUUAAAUGAAUGUUUGCCUUAUAACGGGGACUCAGUAACUGAGGUCCACCCUUUAGGAAAUCUCAGGACUCAUUUAUCUGGGACACGAUGGGAAGUAAAGGUUACUAGUUUGAAUACAGAAGAGCUGGGGCUUCCCUGGUGGCGCAGUGGUUAAGAAUCUGCCUGCCAAUGCAGGGGACACGGGUUCGAGCCCUGGUCCGGGAAGAUCCCACAUGCCGCGGAACAACUAAGCCCGUGUGCCACAACUACUGAGCCUGCGCUCUAGAGCCCGUGAACCACAACUAUCGAAACCCAUGCACCUAGAGCCUGUGCUCUGCAGCAAGCGAAGUCACCGCAAUGAGAAGCCCAUGCACCACAACGAAGAGUAGCCCCCGCUCACCGCAACUAGAAAAAGCCUGCGCCCAGCAACGAAGACCCAACGCAGCCAAAAAAAAAAAAAAAAAAAAAUUAUUAGGCUAAAUUAAAAAGCAAUUAAAAAACAGAAGGGCUGAUGAAAUUAUCAGAUGCUAAAAGGUUUUUGUAGAAAAUAGAGGAAACAUAAAGUCAAAAAACAAAUGUCUAAGCCAGUAUUUGUUCCAGUAUUUAUACUGUGGUACUAUCUGAAGCUGUCUUAUCUUUUGUACUAUCUGAAGCUGUCUUACCUUUUAACUCCCACUUUUUCAUUCUGAAGCUUUCUUGAUAACUGAAAACUCAUAAAAUGUUCCUAAAGUACAGCUUUUAGAUAUGAAGUGUUAAAUAAUGAUGCUGUGCUUAGGUUGGGAAAGCUAAUUCUGUAUUAAAAGUGGGGGCUUAGAAGAUAAAGAAUCCAAAGAAUUUAAAUUGUAGUCAUGUUUCAUGUAUUUGUUUUAUAACUUAGUUUUUCAGUGCUUAGUCCCAGUGGUAAUAGACUGCUGUUUGGUUUUUUACAAAAAGGAUUAAAUUAAAAUUCAUCCAUCUUUAAACUUUUCAACAUAUUUUAAAAUAGCAUCUUGCUUUAUAUGUUUGAGGUCACACACUGUAAGGACAUUUUAGAACUCUCU